GCUCGGUCGCACGGCGAGCUGAGGGAGCGGCGCGGCAGGCGGAGAUGAAUGUUAUAGAUGCAGGAGAAAUUGCAACUGUCUGGUCGUUCAGUGACACCUUCUGAAGCAGAGCCUGAGACCUCUGGACACUUGUUCCAUCUCGGGCGGAAAGGCUGGUCCGAGGAUAUGGGAUGGCACACAGGUUAACCGCGAAGCCUCGGAGAGGGGGUUGGGGAUUGAGUGGCUCCGUGCCCUUCCUGGCAGCCUAGGACUCGCCCCCAGGGUGCCGAGGCCUGCACCAUGGACCCCCCGGGGUACAACUGCUUCGUGGACAGAGACAAGAUGGACGCUGCCGUGCAGGACCAGGGCCCCAAAGAGCUGAGCUGUACGGAACUGGCGGAGCUGAAGCAGCUGGCUCGCCAGGGCUACUGGGCCCGCAGCUAUGCCCUGCGGGGCAAGGUGUACCAGCGCCUGAUCCGCGACAUCCCCUGCCGAACCGUCACGCCGGAUGCCAGCGUGUACAGCGACAUCGUGGGCAAGAUUGUGGGCAAGCACAGCGGCACCAGCCUGCCCUUGCCCGAGUUCGUGGACAACACGCAGGUGCCCAGCUACUGCCUGAACACCCGGGGCGAGGGUGCCGUGCGGAAGAUCCUGCUGUGCAUCGCCAACCAGUUCCCCGACGUGUCCUUCUGCCCCGCGCUGCCCGCAGUCGUGGCUCUGCUGCUCCACUACAGCACGGACGAGGCCCAGUGCUUCGAGAAUGCCUGCCGCAUCCUGGCCUGCAAUGACCCCAGCAGGAAGCUUGUAGAUCAGAGCUUCCUGGCCUUUGAGUCGUCCUGCAUGACGUUUGGGGACCUUGUGAACAAGUACUGCCAGGCGGCCCACAAGCUGAUGGUGGCCGUGUCCGAGGACGUCCUGCAGGUGUACGCAGACUGGCAGCGCUGGCUGUUUGGGGAGCUGCCCCUCAGCUACUUCGCUCGCGUCUUCGAUGUCUUCCUUGUGGAGGGGUACAAGGUGCUGUACCGCGUGGCGCUGGCCAUCCUCAAGUUCUUUCACAAGGUCAGAGCUGGGCAGCCGCUCGAGUCAGACAGCGUGAAGCAGGACAUUCGUGCCUUCGUCAGGGACAUCGCCAAGACCGUGUCUCCGGAGAAGCUGCUGGAGAAGGCAUUCGCCAUCCGCCUCUUCUCCCGCAAGGAGAUCCAGCUCCUGCAGAUGGCCAACGAGAAGGCUCUGAAGCAGAAAGGCAUCACCGUCAAGCAGAAGAGUGUUUCACUUUCUAAAAGGCAGUUUGUGCACCUGGCCGUGCACGCAGAGAACUUCCACUCAGAGAUUGUCAGUGUGAAGGAGAUGAGGGACAUCUGGUCGUGGGUCCCCGAACGCUUCGCCCUCUGCCAGCCCCUCCUGCUCUUCUCCUCCCUGCAGCAUGGGUAUAGCCUCACCAGGUUCUAUUUCCAGUGUGAAGGACACGAACCCACCCUCUUGCUCAUUAAGACCACACAAAAGGAGGUGUGUGGGGCUUACCUGUCAACAGACUGGAGUGAGAGAAACAAGUUUGGAGGCAAAGUGGGCUUCUUUGGGACCGGAGAGUGCUUCGUGUUUAGGCUGCAGCCUGAGGUCCAGCGCUAUGAGUGGGUGGUCAUCAAACACCCGGAGCUGACCAAGCCGGUGUCCUUGGAGGCCGUCGCUGCCCCAUCCCCUCCCUGCCGCCCCAUGUCCUCAGACCCUGCAGAUCGCCUCUCACCCUUCCUGGCCACACGUCACUUCAAUCUGCCCUCCAAGACUGAGUCCAUGUUCAUGGCUGGAGGCAACGACUGCCUCAUCAUAGGUGGAGGCGGUGGCCAGGCACUCUACAUCGACGGGGACCUGAACCGGGGCCGCACCGGCCACUGCGACACUUUCAACAACCAGCCCCUCUGCUCUGAGAACUUCCUCAUCGCUGCUGUGGAGGCCUGGGGCUUCCAGGACCCUGACACCCAGUGAUGCGCCUGCGCAGUUGGUGACUGGGCUGCCACCGUGCAGUGGGGGGUGAGGCAGUGGCCAGACCCCCUCUUCAGGGGAGAGGCAGUAGAUGAAACCCCCCCCCUGCUCUGCGGUGGGCAGCGUGGGGGUGCUCUGGUGGGGGGCCGGGCAGGGGCUGCUGGGACCUCAGCUGGGGGGGGUGGGUGUCCCUGCUCAGACCGGCUCAGACUUGCUGCUGCCUCUAGCUGGGCUGGGACUCGCCUGUUCGGGGCUCUGGAGGACUCCUGCGCCCAAGGCCUAGGAGGGGCCGCAUCUUGCAGCCCCUGAGUCUCAGUCCCUUGGUGUGGGGGUGGGGACCUGACAGCAGAAGGAACCUUCCACCAAGUGUGGGUCCGUGGCACCCCCUGCUGGUGUGUCUUAGCAUAGCUCUGGAGCAGAGCCCUGAGCCGCCCUGGGUCCUGUGGCUGGUGGAUCGGAAGACACCACACCGCACCUGGGGGGCUGCUCCUGAGUGGGUGCGGUUCCUUGGCCCUGUCCCCGCCCACCCCCACAGGGUCCUGACGCCUCCCCCUGCUGGCCAGAGCCUGUGGCCGCCUCUCAGAACCACAGGGUGAAAGAGGGGAGGGCAGGAUUUGUGCUGAGCUUUGGGCCCCUCCCGAGGGAGGGUCAAGCACCAGUAUGAGGAAGGGCCUGAGGGGACAUCAUGUGUCCUGGUGUUCCAGAGCCUGGGGCUUCUGCUGGGCCUCCCAGCAGGCUCAGUCCCAAAGAGGCGGCCCAGAAUGGCCCAGGGAGGGGCCCUCUGCCACAGACCCCACCCCAGCCAGCUCCAUUUCCAAGGACUUGCCCGGGGAAGUCCACAUUUCCUAGCUCUCCUCCUGUCUGCUGGGGGCCUCCUCCUCCCCUGCAGUGGCCCCAGGAUCCCACCCAGACUCCUCAGCGUGGCACCCCUGUCUUCGUCUGUCAGCACGUGCAACCUGCCUCCUCCCUGGCCCCUCCCAUGCAGCUCCUUCGCCGCACACCCCCCUACAGCCCUCUCUCAGCCCUGUCGUUGGCGUACAGCAUGGCUUUCUUGUGCUGCCACCUCCCCCCUUUGCCCUACCCAGCCUGGCCCCACACAGGCCCUGUAGACUGUAGGUGCCCCGUGAAGACUUGGGGAGCAGCCUCCCACCACGUGACCUCCCUCAGCUGGUCCUGAGGGCCUGGGCACUGGGGGGAGGAGGGGAAGCCGACAGCCACCCGAGCAGCCCUGUGGGCCUGUGGCAGCUCGAGCCACAGGUGCCAGGGGUCCCGCCCACCAGCCUGAUCCCCACGCGGCUGCGGCCCUUGGUGGCCCCGGGCACUGUGCCUCUGCCAUCUCCAUCCUGCUUGCUCUUGCUGUGGGGCAUUGGCCCUCUCCUGCCCACUCUUCCAGUCUCCUCUGAGCCAGGCCACUGUGUUACAGGAGGAAGGACCAGGGGUCCUUGUGGCUUCAGGCAGGCCUGGAAUCUGCCGGGAACUUUGUUUCUCCACCUGUAACAUGGGGCCAGUCAUCCUGCUCUGCUGUCCCCAGGGACUGUCCAGAGGCUCCAAGGGGGACAGUGUGAGUCCCUAGUAAGGGACAGAGGUGCUGAGAGGCGGUAAUAUGCUCGCCACCCCCCCACCCCGACCACUGCCACCCUUGCCCCCGCCCUGAACCCCCACAGCCCUCUGCUAUAGCACCAACUUUGGUGUUCAUUAAACACGGUCUCGUUAUGUGAACUCUGACGGUCCAAGUCUGCUGUCUUUGGUCAGAGGGCCUCCAGGGGCUCCUCUGGGCCUGCUGCCAAGCGGGGUGCCACAGGCGGCACCCUCAGCAUUGCUGGUCAGUGCAUCAUCCGUGGAAUGUUGACGGCCUUUCAGGGCGCCUGGAGGUCCAUUCUAGCACCGUCUGUGUGGCUCCCUCUGGAGGGAGCCUGGGGGAUUCUUCUGAGAGUGAAUCUGGAGGAGUCUCUGGCUGCCUCGAGGGGUCCAGCGUAGGAGACCCAGCGCUGCUUAGCCACCACCUCUGUCUGUGGCGUGAGGUCUCCGCAUGCACACGCGUGGUCCUCCGUUCCCUCGGCUCUCACGUCAUCUUCCCAGCUGCCCUGCUGAAGUAAAGGUACGUGUGGUUAUUACCCUCAUCUUUAACUCCAAUUUAAUGUCUAGUCAUGUAUCAAGUGCUUCCAAGUAGAACACAUUUUGUUAAUAUUCUCUAUCAUUUCUUACUGGUUACCUAAAAUUUGCUUUUGAUGUCGAAAAUAGCUAACGUGUUAUGAAAUUGCAUGACGAAUUAUCAUUUUUUUUCUAGAAGCAUUUAAAAACUUAUUUUGAGGGGUGCCUGGCUGGCUCAGUCCGAAGAGCAUGGGACUCUGGUCUUGGAGUUGUGAGUUCGAGUCCUACAUUGGACAUGGAGCUUACUUUUAAAAAGUUUAUUUUAAAAAUAAAGCAGAACAGGGACGCCUGGGUGGCUCAGGGGUUAAGCAUCUGCCUUUGGCUCAGGGCAUGAUCCUGGGGUCCUGGGAUCGAGUCCCACAUCAGGUUCCCUGUGGGGAGCCUGCUUCUCCCUCUGCCUAUGUCUCAUGAAUAAAUAAAAUAAAUUUUUAACAAAAAAAAAAUAGGACGUAGUUAAAAACAGUUCAUUAAAUUAAAAAAAUUGUUAAAGUGGACUAUAUGCCUUUAGGGCUUCAGGACAUUAGUUUUCCAAAAAUAAUUUAUAAUAGAAGAGUAAGUCAUUUGUAUUAUGAAUUUUUCAAGAGUUUUGCUGAAUCAAAAUUAGUAUUUCAACUUUUCUGACUUUUAUAAGCUGCAUGCUUAACUUUUUGAGUUCUUCAUGGCAAUUUGUUUUAGAAAAUUCUUUUUUUUAUUAUUUUUUUUUUAAUUUAUUCUCGACAGAGAGAGAGAGAGGCAGAGACACAGGCAGAGGGAGAAGCAGGCUCCAUGCAGGGAGCCCAGUGCAGGACUCGAUCCCGGGUCUCCAGGAUCAUACCCCGGGCUGAAGGCAGCGCUAAACCGCUGGGCCACCAGGGCUGCCCUGUUUUAGAAAAUUCUGAAGAUUUCAGGCUUUCAGAUUCCUCUUACCCAUUUCCUGAAUCCAUAAGGCCUUUAUAGUCCCUUUAUGUGUGUUGUAUUUAAUACAGAUUCAGAUUUUGUAAGUUUUUAAUUUUGAAAUAACUUCAGAUUUACAGGAGAAAUGGAAAGGUGGUACAGAGACUUUCCAUAGCCCCCGCCCACCUCCUGCAGUGUAGAUACAGGGCACAUAUCCGAGCAGUAACAAAUGUUGAUAUAUAAUGCUAUUAACUACAGAUUUAGCCAGAUUCCUUCAGUUUGUCCAGUCCUUUUCUCUGUUCCAGGAAUAGAUUUAAUUUGUACAGAUAUUUACAUUUUUUUAAAAAAUGCAGAAUGUCCUCAAAAUUCACAAGACUAAACCUGUUCAAAAAAAUAAAUUGCCACUAAUUAGCACAGUGAGGUCUCAGGCAUGGAUGCCUGACGUGACUGUUCUCGUCCUUCCGCCCCCAAAUGUCUCAUUUGCAUGUGGACGUUACCAGCUGAAGCUGGAGUACAGCGGAUGCCUCACAAGUGCUUCACGCUACCACAUCUAAGUAAGAGAAGGGUGUGGAUCUUUAAAAAUAACCUGGUAUAAAACAAAAUUAUGACCACGAGGUGUUAAGAUGGCAGAGCAGUCAGGGGGCCCUGAGCUCAUCUUUGCCCCUCGAACACAGCUAGAUACUUACCAAAUCCUUCUGAACACCCAAGAAAUCAGUCAGAGGUCUGAGAGGACAAAACUGCAAGCCUACAAAAGUAGGAAAGUGACCACCUUGUGGAAGAAACCAAGAUUGCACUGUAUGUUGACUAAAAUUUCAAUUAAAAAUUAUGAUCUUCAUUAUAGUCGUGUCAGAUUGUGGUCAAGAAGUGAGGUACACCAUCACGUGACUCGUCACUGAAGAUGAAAUUCGUCACAUGUUUGCAGACACGCUCACUUGACCAGACCCUAUGGAAUUUGUUAACUCUGUGCUUGGGACCAAGGAAGCAAAAUCAGGGAACACGCUGUCGCACAGACAUGCUGACUUGUGACAUGACGCGGAGACACAGCAGCAGAGCUGCUGCUUCAGCUUGCGGGAUCCGCAAGUGUAUUCCCAGCUGGCCAGAAGCCCUUGGGUUGCCGGGAAGCACCCCCGAGUGCGGGUGCCUGCAGGUCGGGUCUGCUCCAGGGGUGCCGGUGACGGCAUGGAGGUCCGGGAGGGGCCCUGCUCCAUUUCAUACGGAAGUGCGCUGCUUGGCAAAGGACAUGGUUUGCCAAAAACUAGUGAGCUAAUGAUUAAGGAGGAGAAAGGGUUGUAUGGGUCCCUUUACCUUCCCGUUCUUGUGUAGGGUGGUCAUUGGCUGAGAAAUGGAUUUUACCAGAUUGACACGUUGGAGCAUCUGAGUGAAUAAAGGAUGGCGAGACCAAGUGAAAAUAGACUGGUGUGUCGUGACUGGAUGUGUGGCUUGGCAGCCAAAUCUAAGUUGGGGAAAGUGAAAAUAAAUGAUUUAGGAAUA